AUGGAAGUAGGUGAAGGAAGAAACAGCACUACAGUUACCUGGUUCAUCCUCGUGGGAUUCUCUGAAUUUCCAAAGCUCACAGUCUUCCUCUUUUCAAUAUUCCUAGGGAUCUACCUCAUGACAGUGUUCUGGAACCUGGGUCUUAUUGUCCUGAUCAAGAUGGACUCCCACCUGCACACACCCAUGUAUUACUUCCUGAAUAAGCUUGCAUUCUUAGAUAUAUGCUAUGUUUCCUCCACAGCCCCCAAGAUGCUCUUCGAUUUCUUUCAGGAAUUUAAAUCCAUCACUUUUUGGGGGUGCACCAUGCAGUACUUCUUCUUCUCUUGCUUUGGUCUAAGUGAGAGCUGUCUUCUGGCCGCCAUGGCUUAUGAUCGCUAUGCUGCCAUAUGCAGUCCUCUACUUUACACAGUCAUCAUGUCCCCUGCUCUCUGUCUGCAGAUGGUGGUAGGAUCUUGUAUAACUGGAACCUUUGGCUCCUUUGUCCAACUGUGUGGCUUACUUCAGCUCCAUUUCUGUGGGCCAAAUGUCAUUAACCACUUCUUCUGUGACAUGCACCAGAUGAUGAUGUUAUCUUGCUCUGACACCUUUUUUGUACAAGUUGUACUUUCUGUGCUCACAGUCAUCUAUGGGCUGGCCUCUGCCCUGGUUAUCACGAUAUCCUAUGGUUAUAUCAUUGCCAGUAUUUUGAAGGUCAGUUCAGCCAAAGGCAGGUCCAAGGCUUUCAACACUUGUGCAUCUCACCUAACAACAGUGACCCUUUUUUAUGGUUCAAGCACUUUUGUGUAUUUAUACCCGAGCUCUGAUGAUUCUCUCAGCCAAAGCAAACUGGCUUCUGUUGUAUACACUGUAGUAAUUCCCAUGUUAAAUCCAUUGAUCUAUAGUCUAAGAAACAAGGAAAUCAAAGAUGCCUUAGACAGAUGGAAGAAGAAAAUGUUUUCUUGA